AUGGAUAGGGAUAACUUUUCGAUGGUGUCUGAAUUUGUGUUGCUGGGACUCUCCAGUUCACAAGAGCUCCAGCUUUUCUUUUUCAUUUUCUUCUCUGUGUUGUAUGUGGCCAUUAUACUGGGAAACCUCCUGAUUAUCCUCACUGUGACUUCUGACUCCAGCUUGCACUCUCCCAUGUACUUCCUCUUGGGAAACCUCUCCUUUGUUGACAUCUGUCAAUCUUCCUUUGCUACCCCUAAAAUGAUUGCAGAUUUUUUGAGCGAACAUAAGACCAUCUCCUUCAACAGCUGCAUAGCCCAGAUUUUCUUCAUCCACCUUUUUACUGGGGGGGAGAUGGUGUUACUUGUCUCCAUGGCUUAUGACAGAUACGUAGCCAUAUGUAAACCACUACACUAUGUGGUCAUCAUGAACCGGAGGACUUGCAAUGUCUUGGUAAUGAUCUCCUGGUUUGUGGGCUUGUUGCACACAUUGACCCAGUCAUCAUUUGCUGUGAACUUGCCUUUUUGCGGACCCAAUGUUGUAGACAGCUUUUUUUGUGACCUUCCUCGAGUGACCAAGCUUGCCUGCAUGGACUCUUAUAUCAUUGAAAUACUAAUUGUGGUCAACAGUGGAUUAGUUUCUCUAAGUACUUUUUUUUUCUUGAUCUGCUCUUAUGUUAUUAUUCUUGUCACUGUCUGGUUUAAGUCUUCUGCUGCAAUGGCCAAGGCAUUUUCUACACUGGCUGCCCAUAUCAUGGUGGUAAUAUUAUUCUAUGGACCUUGCCUCUUCAUCUAUUUAUGGCCCUUUACUACCUAUCCCGUGGAUAAAGUCCUAGCUAUAUUUUACACCAUUUUCACCCCUAUUCUGAAUCCCAUUAUUUAUACAUUGAGAAACAAGGAUAUGAAAGUUGCCAUAAGGAAAAUUUUGACUCAUUAUCUGAAGCCCAAGAAAAUUACUGAAAUGCCACUGUUGCGUGUUAUUAAGUGCUGUCGAAUAUAA